AGUGCAGUGAAAGGAAGCGGAGAGAUGGAGCGCUCACUAAGUGGAGUUUUCACCUCUACAACCGAAAUGGAGAAAAGCCUUCACGACAGAGACAGAGUGGGGGUACAAGACUGUGUCCUCCUUGACAACUACACUAAUGAAGAUGUAUUCAUCGAAAAUCUUUACAAAAGAUUUUCAAAUGACAUCAUCUAUACUUACAUUGGCAAUGUUUUGGUUUCUGUCAAUCCUUACAAACCACUUCCAAUUUAUGGAAAAGAUGUUAUGAUGAAAUACCAGAAAACUCACAUGAUUGAAAACCCUCCUCAUGUAUAUGCCAUUGCUGAAAAUGCAUACAGAGAUAUGGUUGAAGAAAACAAAGACCAUUGUAUUCUGAUAUCAGGUGAAUCUGGUUCUGGUAAGACAGAAACCAGCAAAAAGGUCUUAGAAUAUGUUGCAGCCGUUUCUAAUCUGAACACCGAUGCUAAAAAUGUAAAAGAUAAACUCCUCAUGUUGAAUCCUGUCCUAGAAGCUUUCGGAAACGCUAAAACCAUUAGAAACGAUAAUUCAAGCAGGUUCGGAAAGUACAUGGAUAUUGAAUUCAAUACUAUGGGUGCACCAGUUGGUGGAAAUAUAUUGAACUAUUUAUUGGAAAAAUCAAGAGUGGUACAUCAACACGGUGGGGAAAGGAAUUUUCAUAUUUUCUAUCAACUGCUCGCAGGAGGGACGGACGAGCUUCUUGAAACCUUGACUUUGACCAGAGACAUCAAUAAUUACGCUUACCUAAAGAAUAAGGAUAGUAAAAUUGUGGGAGGAAUGAACGAUGCCCAUCAAAUGGGAGAAGUUUGUCAAGCAAUGCAUGUUAUGGGCAUAACCGCUAGGGAACAAGGAGAGAUAAUGGCAAUUGUCGCGAGUAUUCUUCAUCUCGGUAAUAUUAAAGUGAAGGAGAAAGAUGGUAUUGCUCAGAUUAUAAGCCAAGAUCACUUACGACAUGCUGCGAGUUUACUAGGAUGUGGAGAGGAGGAGCUAAAGCUUGCGUUAACCCAGAGAACUAUUCACGCGAGGGACGAAGCCCUUAUAUCACCUCUCAACUUAGAAAUGGCCACUUAUGCUAGAGAUGCUCUUGCUAAAGCUAUCUACGACAGAUUAUUUACGUGGUUGGUAUCACGUUUUAACGAAUCGUUACAGACCAAAGAGAAAUUAAGCACCAAAGUUAUGGGAAUACUUGAUAUUUAUGGAUUCGAAAUUUUUGAGACAAACAGUUUUGAACAAUUUUGCAUAAACUACUGUAAUGAAAAACUUCAACAACUGUUUAUCGAACUUACUUUGAAAUCAGAACAAGAAGAAUAUCUCCGAGAAGGAAUUGAGUGGGAACCUGUUGAAUAUUUUAAUAACAACAUCAUAAUAAACCUAAUAGAAGAAAAGCAUAAAGGAAUAAUUUCAUUAUUAGACGAAGAAUGUUUACGACCCGGAGAUACAUCAGACCAGACUUUCUUGAACAAAUUAUCUGAUAAUUUAUCAGGUCAUCACCACUUCAUCAACCACACAAAAGCAGAGAGCAAAAUGAAAAAGAUUUUAGGAAGAAAUGACUUUGCACUUGUACAUUAUGCUGGAGAUGUGAUUUAUGAUGUAAAUGGUUUUCUAGACAAAAACAACGAUCCUCUUUUCCGUGAUCUGCGAAAAGUAAUGUGUAAUACUUGCAAUUCAAUCACCCAGGCUGUAUUUCCAGAAUCUGAAUUACAAAGUAAGAAACGCCCAGAAACGGCUAUUACACAGUUUAAAUUUAGUUUGAAUGGCUUAAUGAAUAUUUUGAUGACCAAAGAACCCAGUUACAUUAGAUGUAUUAAGCCAAAUCACAUUAAAAAAGCAGGAUUAUUUUCUCGAGAUGUAGUAAGGCAUCAAGUGAAGUAUCUUGGUCUAAUGGAAAAUCUCAGAGUACGUAGAGCAGGUUUCGCUUACAGACGUAAUUAUGACGAAUUCCUCUAUCGUUAUAAAAGUCUCUCGCCUGAGACGUGGCCAUUUUAUAAUGGGCAUCCGAGAGAUGGUGUUGAGAAAAUACUUCUACAUCAGUCAUGCACGCCAGAGGAAUACAGGCUAGGAAAAACAAAAAUUUUCAUAAGAUUUGCUAAAACCCUGUUCUAUUUGGAAGAUAAGUUUCAAGAACGUAAACAAUCUUUGGCUACAUUGAUACAAAGCCGCUGGAGGGGUAUGGUGCAAUGGAGGAAAUACAAAGCAUUACGAGCCGCAGCUAUUGUUAUAGAGAAGUGGACUAGAAGAUUUUUAGCACAGAAGCUUGCCCAAAAAAGGAGGCAGGCUGUCAAAGUGAUUCGAGGAUUUAUUGAAGGAUUCAUUACAAGGCAUGAUGUAGCUACGGAAUUAAAUCUAAGAUUUAUUCAAACAGCCAAAAAGCAUUAUCUUCUGCGUUUGUCCCAGUCAUUGCCAAAAACUGUUCUGGAUAGGUCGUGGCCUAGUCCUCCUGAAGUCUGUGCUGAAGCUUCAGAAAUUUUGAGAUGCAUGUAUUAUCAAUGGCUUGCAGGAAGGUACUGUAAGUCCAUUACUCCAGAAAGAAAAGCUCAGAUGGAACUUAAAGUGCUCGCUGAAUGCUUGUUUAAAGAUAAAAAGAAGAGUUAUAGUUUGAGCGUUCCAGAACUUUUUGUUGAAAAUCGUUUGACAGAAAGCGGCAAUACAUUAAAAAAACAAUUCUUUAUAAAUGAAGCGAGUGGGCAGAAUUGUAAGUACGCGACAUAUGUCACAAAAUUUGAUAGACAUGGUUACAAGAAAAGGGAUCGCGUACUCUUACUGACUGAAGGUUUCCUAUAUCUGACAACAGCAGGCGAGAAGCAAAUGAAGACUAAACACAAAUUUCCAAUCGACCGCAUAAAUAAAUUAGAAAUAACAUCUGAAAGGGAUAAGUUCCUUCUAGUGAGGGUUUCACCUGAACUCAACAAAGAAAAGGGAGACCUAAUUCUCGAAGUUCCUCACCUCAUUGAGUUUAUAACAAUUUUUGUAGAUGUUACAAAAAAUCUGAACAUUGUUCAUAUGAAUAACAUAAAAGAUGGAAAGAUAAUGCAUUGUAUUACUAACGGGAAGGAGCGUCGAAUUGACAUAACUCUAGGCACAAACGGUCCCGAUAUCGUAAAAGGACAAAGUGGUCAGCUAGUUGUCGUUGGUUAAUACCGUAGCAAUGUACUCCAACACAGAAGAGUUGCUGUUCUACAAAUAAUUACAAAUACAGUGUCUGUUAAUAUGAUUGCUAUAAAAUUGUGAUAUUUUGACUAAGUCAUGCCUUAUCUGUUUGACAACUAAAAACGUUUUUAUAUAUUUUAUGUAAGUAAUGAUAUUUGUAAAUUAUUAUUAUUAUUAAACUACUACUUACGAAGAAAAGUAUGAAUGUGCCAUCAUUAUGAGCAAACUUAUAUUUAUUACUUUUAUUGUGAAAUUACUAAUAUUUUUCUGUUCAAUUUUUUUUCCACUGAAGUUUCUCUUAUUUAAAAUGUAUAUUAGUUUUAAAUUUUAAAAGUAUAUUUUUAUAAUUUAUUUUAUGAAUGAUUUUCAGAGUGCACAUUUAUAUUGUACAUAUUGUAAAAAAUAUAAUAAAGCUUUGUAUAAAUAUGUUAAAACUUUAUUUUAAAGAUUUAGAAAUCUCUUUGGAUGACCACAAAGAAACUUCUAAAGUUUAAAGACUUUAAUCAUCCACUAUUAACUGAAUCCCAAACCUGGUCCAAAUCCGAUGAAGAAAAAUGUCAACUAUUUGGUCAACACCUCUUCCGAACCUUCAAUCUAUAUCCUGAUAUCAUUAAUCAAAAUCAAAUUGAAUGUAUUGAAGCAGAACUGGAUAUUCCACUCCAAAUGACUCUUCCACCUAAAACAUUUUAUCCUUCGGAAAUACCCAAUACCAUCAACAGAAUAUCUUCCCACAAAGCUCCUGGAAACGACCUCAUCACUUCCCAGAUCGUAAAACUGCUUCCUUGGAAAGCCAUCCUAUUUCUCACCUGCAUAUAUAAUGCUGUGCUUCGAUCCACAUAUUUUCCUGAUCGUUGGAAACUAUCUAUUGUCAAGAUGUUACACAAACCUAAAAAAAACCACCCUAACACCUAUCCUCUUACCGUCCUAUUUCUCUAUUACCUGUCAUGGGCAAAAUCCUGGAAAAACUCAUCCUAAAAUGCCUGUACCCCAUCCUAGACUCUGAUCACAUUAUCCCUGAUCACCAAUUUGGAUUCCGCACAUCGCAUUCCACUAUCCAACAGUGUCAUCGUGUGGUUGAUGUAGUCUCCUCUGCAUUGGAGCGUGUAAUCUCUCCAUCAGUGUUUCAUUGCUACCUUUCUUUUAUUAGUUCUCAGCAAUUGAUAACAGUUAGGUUAUUAGAUCUCAGUGAAGCUCUUAUAUUCUGCAAAGCCUACAAUUCAAAUCAUCCAUUCAAUCCCGUACAUCCCACUUCUAUCCUCCUCCUCACCGAACUGUUGCGUUUAAGAAAUUCUUUGUAAUUCAAGCUCCCUCCCUCUGGAAUUCUAUCCCUCCUGAUAUUCAGCAUUCAAAGUCAGUCUUCUCUCUAAGCACCUAUUCCAUUCUCAAUCCAUCUGAUCAUGAAAUGUAUGUAAGAGUUUAAGUCUUGAAAUUCUAUGAGAAACCCCAGAUACUACUCAUUUAUUUAAUUUUAUCUUUCUGUUUAUUUUAUAUUUAUUUAUGUAUAUAUUUUUUACUUCUCUUUAUUACCUGUAUUUUACCAAUUAUUUUGUAAAUAUUUAAUUUAAGUUAUGAACUAAUAAUAAUAAUAAGCUUUAUUGACAAAAGCCUCUCUUUAAGGAGAGAUUAUAAAGGAGUCGGCUACAGUAGAACAUAAGUUUAAAUUAUUACAAACAUUUUUUUUUU